AAAAAUUGUCAAUGUCAAUAAAUAAGAGCACGACUUGAAUCAAAAUGAUUAUUAAAUUCAAGUAAGUGUUCCAUUGAAGAAAAUUAAUCAAUAGUUUAUUAAUAAUUAUUUAACACGACAAUAUGAUUUAUUAUUUACUUGACAAAAUAGUAAUAGCAAUAGUACUGAUAAGUGAAUUAUGACAAGUAUUUAUUUUUAAUGAUUAAUAAUGCGCUUGCUCGUACGCGAUAAUUAAACUCGAGAGAUCGAAGAUGAACCAGCAGCAUGGAGGCCUGUGUACUUUUGGGGCGGUAGUUGUGUGUCACUACUGUUAAAUAAAUUCACGUAAACUAAGUCAAAUAAUAUUUUAUUAAUAAUGUAUUCAAUAAUUAAUUACUAUAUUAUUAUUGUGGAAAUAAUAAAAUGACAUUUAAUUAUUAAGUGUAAGAUUGUUGCUGGGAUAAAAGAAAAAAACCAUAGACGCCAAUGUGCGUACAAACGCAACAAAAAUUUUUUAUACUCAUAUUUUAUUGACGUGUGAUCAAAGCCAAUUGGAAUUAUUUAUUUUACAUGGAUUAAAAAUACUCCAUUUGCUGGCUGCUUGUUUUAUUUUAUUAUUUUUAUUUUAUUUAAAUAAAAAAAAAAAAACGAUAAAAAUUAAUUAAAUAUUAAUGAUUAUCAAUUUAGAAAAUUCAUGUAACUAUUUUUUAUAUUGUGUUUAUUGUAGUUAUUGUGAUAAUAAUGACGCGCCGCAAUUCGGAGGCAGCAGCUUCCGAUGAGCGGCGACUACGAUACCAAGAGUAUUAUACGAUCAUCAGGAAAAUCAUUGUCCGUGGUGUCGAAUACUAAAGUGAGAGUGUCGUCACGACGUGAGUUAUCGCCUUCUCCGUGUGCCAAGAAGAGACGAAAGUACAAUUGUGAAAGCUGGAAAUCAUUUAAUGAGGACAAUAUGGCAUCACAGAAUUCAAAUUCACCUGGAAUUGCUAAUGUAACAUCAACAUUAUCAACCGCAGGAUCAUCAAUUGCAGCACCAGUAUCAUCACAGUUGCCAUCAUCAUCAUCGCUGUCUGUAUCAACAUCAUUAUCAACGCCCUCGUCGUCAUCUACAUCAACAUCACCGUCGCAGUCACCCUCGCCGUCACCUAUGCUGUCGCCGUCCUCCAUCUCUUCAAUGUCUCAAGGACUUCAACAAACUACUCAUCCUCAACAAAAAUCAAAUAAUUUUGAGCCACUUGAUAAAAGCUCGUCCAAUACUUUGAAGAGAAAUCCUAAAAUGGAGCUGAGUAAAACCGAUCUAUUGAAACUUCUUGGAUACUUGGAAGGAGAAUUGCAAGCACGUGAUAUUGUAAUAGCUGCAUUAAAAUCUGAAAAAAUGAAACAUUUACUGAGCUCUCGGUAUCGAAGUGGCACAGCGGAUCCACAUGCUGCGUUAGCACGGGAUGUAGCUAUUGUGGGUGGUGUUAUACGUAUGGAGAACAAUCAAACAGACCGACAAGUUGCUAGUCUAGAGGCUCUUGUAACUCAACAGAGACGUAUGCAAUGUCGCAUGGCUAAAGUUCUUAAAGAAGCGGAAAUUCGACAUAGAACGGUAAUAAAAGAGUUAGAAGAAGAGAAACGUAAGCAUGAACACGACACAGCACAGGGCGAUGACAUCACAUAUGGACUGGAGAAAGAACGCACGAGACUGAAAAAAGAAUUAGAAUUAGAAAGACAAGAGAAAAAACGACUGGAGAUGGAAUUGAAAAAAGAAAAUAUAGCACUUGAAGUUGAAAAAUCACGACAAAAACAAAUAGUACUUUUAUUAUUAGCAGAACGUAAAAAAAUAAUAAUGAAAUAUAUUGAGGAGAGAAAACGUUCGGAGGAUUUAGCCCAGAUAUUGAGCGAAGAAAAAGUACGUAUUGAUUCGAUGGCUGAGGGAUUAGAAGAAGAAAGUAAAAAAUCAUUACAAAUGGAGGCUGAAGUUGAAAAACAACAAGCGCAAUUUGACAUGGAACGUCAGCAAUAUCGUCAAGCGCUCGCUAAAGCUGAAAAACGUAAUAAGGAAUUGGAAGCGGAUCUUGAGGGGUUGAAAACGGAGGUCGAGUCGUGGAAAAAUGGUGCUACUAUGCGUAGUGUACGUACACCACUGGGAGUUACUCCGCCUCCACCUCCAGCGAAGCCUGCUAAUUUAGCAGCAAUACCGACACUAAGACCUUCUGGUAGUGCUGCACAAUCUCCAACAGGAAUUGCAAGAUCAGUGACACCGCGACAAGUAAUACGAGGUGUUACUUAUGGAGCAGCUGUACCCGUGACACCAAUAACAAAUGUUACAACAGGUACUUCUAAUGUGUCACUUGCUAAUACCAAUGUUACGACGAUAUCUAGUGUAUGCACUACAACAACAGUCACUACUGCCCCAACAAACAUCAAUGCAACUACAGCACCACCGAUUGCUGGUGGUGUUGAAUCAACGGCCUCGGAGCCUCAGACAACGGACAAGCGUACGCUAACAUCAGCAGUACCAGUCCUAACAUCAUCAUCUUCAUCAUCAUCUCCAUCACCAUCACCAUCAUCAACAACAGCAUUAUCAUCACCUGGAGCAGGACAACUAACAGGAACUAAAAAACCUCUUAUUCCAAGAGGGAUUCCACCUCCUGUGCCACCCAAUAAACCAGUCGUUCCACCGAAAAAAGAAGCCGCUGCUUAUAUGAGACGACCUGAUCCAAACUCAAUCCAAGAAACUUUAAAAAUCAAUAAGUCUCCAGCUGGUGCAUGUCAAGCAUCCAUUCCGGCUUCAUCUCUCAUUCAACCAGCAUCAGUUAGUCCUAUUCCAAGUCAUCAAAUAGAAGAGACCAAGCCACGUUGAUUACUUUGUACGCAAUAUCAAGAACAACAACUGAAAUUAAAUCAUUGCUCUUACACAGAAAUUAAUUGUGGAAAAUGAGAAACUUUUAUAAAGGUUUCUAUUGCACUAUUGCACAGUUCACGCAUUAAAAAAAAAAGCCUCCACUCAGGAAUAUUUUCGCAAUCAUUAUCAGGAAGCUAUGAAAUUUAUCUGAUUAAGUUUGUGAUGUUACCACUGCCUCGUGAAUACUUGUGUGGAUUUUUUUUCUGGUGAUUACUGGAGACUGUAAAAAAAUUAAAAAAAAUAAAAACAUUUAACGGUUAGUAGAAAUGUUGCUUAUAAUAAUACACAUAAUAAACUGCAGCUAAAUUAAUUUAAUAUCACCAUGAAAAAUAAAAUAAUAAUAAUAAAAAGUAAAAUAGCGAUUAUCAAAAAAAUAAAUAAAAUAUAACGAUAGCAAUUGUAUUGAUAUGCUGGAUUUGCUACUGUGUAGACGCAUUACUAUUAAAUAAUUGUUACGCACGACAAAUUGUCGGCAUGUACAUUGAUAUAUUUCGUCCUAAAUUUUGAGUUUAAUCCAACUUGCAAUAUCGUUACAGUCUUCCAGAUAUUUCUAUAAUCAUGAACUAUUUUAUCAUUAUUUAUUUAAUUACUAAGUAUUGCAAUAUAUUGAUAAUUGAAUGUAUUAUUAAUAAGUUUAUUUAAUUCGCUCACUGUCUACAAGACUCACUUUUAUUUGCCAGAUCAUUAGGAAAUAAAUGAAUAAACUUUUUUAAAAUUAAUUAUUGAUAGAAACAUGCGUCCAUUAUGUCUCUGAUAGUUUUUACGAAAAAAUAGAAAUAAAAUACUCAAUCGUUUUAAUAUUCAUAACGUAUUCUCGUCACUCACAUCACCUCAUUAUUAAAUUUUUAAGAAAAAAAUGUAGUGGCAUUUGCAGCCAAUUUACUUAGAAACCAUCCUUUUAUUUCGCAUGAUCUCUAUGUAUACAAAGAACAGAAAAAAUAUAAAUAAUUAAAUAAAAUAAAAUUAUUAUUUAAUAAUUUUUAAAAAUACGUAUAGUAAAUACGUUAAAUGUAUGAACAUAGAAUUUAAAUCUUGUACGGCACGUACCUCAAUGUACCGAAUUGAUACAUAGAUAUGUAAAGGACUGUAAAAAAAAAAAAAUCAAAUAUAUGACAUGUGAAUUA